CAUCGGAGUGUCACGUGUUCAGUGCAGCUCGGAGCAGGACAGGGACUCGGCUGCGGGGAUACGAGCACGCGCUGGCGUUGUUUUUGUGUCGAGGGACGGAUAUAUAUUCCGCUUUAAAGCUGAUGAACGGGAUUCUGUGCGCUUGGGAUUGACUUUCUGUGUCGGAUUUGUGCACGCGUGACUUCAGCGUGCGGGUCUCGCGCUCUCCCUGUGGGAUAAAUGGUGUCUUACGCAGACGGCGCUUGUUUUGAUAGUGCUUACGGAACUCCGGACUGAAAAGAGACUUUUCAUUCUUCUCCAUCUUCUUCUUGAUCUUCGUCUCCUUGCAAACAACUCUACGGUACCCUCACACAAGUAUCACGUAAAUAAUGGAUUAUUCAAACUUAUUUCAAAUGAAAAACUACAUUAUUUUGGUACAGAAUGGACCUUAGUGAGGUCUUUUGAGUGCUUGUUUUGGCAUGGGCUGCUAAGCUAGCUUAGCCAUUUGAAGAAGAAGGAAAAAAAACUUUGCUGAAAGAGCAAGCGGUACGAGCGCGUUAUUUAUUUAUUUUUUUCUCAAUGGAAAAAAAGUUUGAUUUCGUUUCCCUUUUCCCAUUUUUAAGGAGAAAUUUUAUGCAAUCCUAAAAAAAAGAGCAUUUUCCCCACUCAUAAAAUGGCAAGUCCGUCUACAGAGAAGGCUUGUUUUUCGGAUGUGAGAAAGGUGGGUUAUUUAAGGAAACCCAAAAGCAUGCACAAAAGGUUUUUUGUUCUGCGAGCUGCAAGUGAUACCGGCCCUUCCAGGUUGGAGUACUACGAGAAUGAGAAAAAAUGGAGACAUAAGUCUGGGGCUCCAAAAAGGUCAAUCCCACUCGAGAGUUGCUUCAAUAUUAACAAAAGGGCGGAUUCCAAAAACAAAUACCUCGUGGCUCUUUACACCAAGGACGAAUACUUUGCAGUCGCAGCAGACAACGAGCAGGAGCAGGAUGCAUGGUAUGAAGGCCUGGUAGACCUCCACAACCGAGGGAAGGUCCACGAAAGUGCCAGGAGCAACGGCGUCGGAGAUGAUAAUUAUGGAGAGACUACACCCGGGCCCGCCUUCAAAGAAGUAUGGCAAGUUAUACUGAAACCAAAGGGACUUGGACAGACCAAAAACUUAAUCGGAGUUUACAGACUGUGUCUCACAAAUAAGACUUUGGGUUUCGUGAAACUCAAUUCUGACGCUGCAGCGGUCGUUUUGCAGCUCAUGAACAUCCGAAGGUGUGGUCACUCAGAGAAUUUCUUUUUUAUCGAAGUCGGGAGGUCUGCAGUGACGGGACCUGGGGAAUUUUGGAUGCAGGUUGACGACUCUGUUGUGGCUCAGAACAUGCAUGAGACUAUCUUGGAGGCAAUGAAAGCCAUGAGUGAAGAGUUUCGACCCCGUAGCAAAAGCCAGUCGUCUUCCAACUGUUCCAACCCCAUUUCCGUGCCGGUGAGAACGAGACAUCAUCACAACAACCCUCCUCCGAGUCAGGUUGGGUUGGGAAGGCGUUUCAGGGCUGAAAGUGUGACGGCGACGUCUCCAGCCGGCCCAGGCAGACACAGCCAUUCGUUCAGAGUAAGGGCAUCCAGCGACGGAGAAGGAACCAUGUCUAGGCCGGCAUCUGUAGACGGGAGCCCCAGUAGUCCAAGAUCAUCUAGGUCACAGUCUCAAAGACACAGGGGUAGAUCCAGGCUGCACCCACCUCUAAACCAUAGCAGGUCCAUCCCCACACCAUCAUCGCGAUGCUCCCCAUCAGCUAUCAGCCCUGUAAGUCUGUCCUCCAGCAGCACUAGUGGACAUGGGUCCACUUCUGACAGUCUUUUCCCCCGACGCUCCAGUGCCUCUAUAUCGGGGUCGCCCAGUGACGGAGGCUUUAUCUCCUCCGAUGAAUACGGUUCCAGUCCCUGCGACUUCCGAAGCUCCUUCCGCAGUGUGACCCCUGACUCAUUCGGACAUACCCCUCCUGCCAAGGAAGAGGAUUUGAAUAACUAUAUAUGCAUGACCAAGUCUGGUUCGCUAACUAGUACUGGGAGCCAGUCUAGAGGAACACCAUCUCAUAUGGAUGAGCCAGACUUGGAGAAAUGUUUCAGAAAAAGGACUCAUUCUUCUGGCACCCUGUCACCCUCUGCUACAUGCCACCAAACAACGCCUUCACAGUCACCUGCCGUGUCUCUGGAAGAAUAUACAGUGAUGACACCGACAUUCAGUCGCAGCCGAUCUGUAUCGUCAUCAUCACCAUUGAUAUAUCGGAACUUGUCCACAAAUUCCUAUCCUGAAGAAUGCUUGGACAUGCCAACAGCGGAAGGUGGCAGUGAAUCUAGUCAGAAGGACGACGGCUACAUGCCAAUGUCACCAGGUGUAGCCCCUGCGGUGGUAACAGGAAAUGGCGGAGACUACAUGCCUAUGAGUCCGAAAAGUGUCUCAGCCCCACAGCAGAUUAUUAACCCACGACAGCACUCACGAGUGGACUCCAAUGGCUACAUGAUGAUGUCACCGAGUGGUAGCUGUUCUCCAGAUGUUUCUGCAAACUACAGAAAGAUCUGGACCAAUGGCAUUAACCCAACUCUGUCUGUAGAGAGCACAGAGGGAAAAGUGUCCUCAUGUGGAGACUACAUAAACAUGUCUCCUGCUAGCGGCUCAACCACUGGUACGCCACCAGACUGCUACUUCAACCCUGUAGAUGAGCUGCCCAGGCCGGCAUAUGCCUACUACUCUCUACCCCGUUCCUUCAAACACGCCAACAGGAAGCAAGACCAAAGCCCCUUGCGGCUGUCGCUUGGCAGCGGUCGCUUGGUUUGCGCUGACUCUUCCUCAUCCUCGGCUAGCAGUGACAGUUUGGGUGGUCAGUGUAAUUCACAACAACCUUCUGUCAGGCCCAAAAGGUCAGAGGUUAAUUCUAGGCUGGCACGACCAACAAGGCUGGCAUUGGAUGCUAACAGAGCUAGCACUCUACCACGGAUGCGCGAAAGCCCUUUCCCAAGUGAGCCCAAAAGUCCAGGAGAGUACGUCAAUAUCGAGUUUAAUGACAAAGCCUUUUCAGCGAGCAUAGCAUCACUGUUUUCACCUGUGUUUGCUGGUAACGGAGCCGAAGUCCUAUCGGAGCCGACUUCUUCCGACUACAUGAACAUGCAGGUGGGUUCACAAAGCUUGCUCUCACAGUCUAUAAAAUCCACGUCCAGUUCCUCAGACUACGCCAUCGUCGGUCCCUCAGAAAACUUGGCCUCCUCACCUCACCUGCCGUGUGAAAGUAUUCGCGAACGUGACUACAUGAGCAUGCAACUAGGCUCCUACUCUACAGCCUUUCCUGAUUCCCAGAGGACGCUUCAAAACACUUUGUUACGAGACCCGGAAGUCUUGCUCUGCUCCGAGUCACACAAUGAUGACAUCUCAACAUUAGGUGCAGCUCCUGGGAGGCCUGUGCUUCUCGGUCCUUUGACGGAUCUCAGUGCCUUUUCCCGGGUAAACCCGAAUGCAACGAGAAACCAGGGUGCCAAAGUGAUCCGGGUCGACCCCCAAGGCCGAAGACGGCACAGCUCAGAAACGUUUUCCUCUACGACGACCAAAGGGGCCGUAAGCACAGCCACGGGAUUUCAGUCAGAAGAUGUCAAACGCCACAGCUCUGCGUCGUUUGAGAAUGUUUGGCUAAAGCCUAUUGAGUCGUCCACCUCCACCACCACCACUGCUGCUGGCACGGCAUCCGGCGUUGACUCCCAGAACCAAAUUGACCUGAACUAUAUUGAUCUGGAUCUGGUGCAGAACCGAGAGCCACUCGUUCAGGAUUGGAGCUCCAGCUUCCAGACACGGCAGGUGGACCUGGGAGCUGUAGGAGCAGUGGAGGAAUCGAGCGCCUAUGCUAGUAUAAACUUUCAGAAAGCAGAUGACACCAGAGGAAACCUCACUUAUAGAGAAGAAUGAAAAGCAGCUACUACUUCAUACCCAUCAAGUCUCUCUCUCUCUCUCUCUCUCUCUCUCUCUGUCUCUCUGUCUCUCUCUCUCUCUCUCUCUCUCUCUGUCUCUCUCUGUGUGACACUCCAUCAGCCUGAUCGAACCGGACCUCAGCUUCUUCUCAUCUGUAACCCGGACCUCACAGCGCACACUGGGACCUUACAGAAUGCUGGCUUUUUACAGAUCUGCAGUUCUCAUGAAAGCUGGAGUCCUCAGGGCCUGGGGUCACAUGACUAAACCUCAGAGUGACCGUACUGAUCAGAGAUCAGCGUAGUUGCCUUUUCGUCGCUUAACAAGUCAGGAAUAAAACAUGCAUGCUUGGUGCAUUUUAUUCCUCUUCUGCUACAGCAUUACAAAUUGUAAUUAAUUAACGUAUGAACUUAGUAAUGUGGAAGGUUUUACUUCCCUUCAUCAGCGUCUCUCUUUUCACCGUUACAGAGCGUAGCUUUAAAUAAUCAUCAAUGUUGUCACACUGACGCAUGCGGAAAACAGUGACUGCAGUCGGUGCUAGAACAGGAGACUACUUCCCAGAAAUGAUAAACAACACAGAGAGCAUCACCAUAUCAGUGAUAGUACAAUAAUAAACAGCAUGUUAAUUGUUUAAAGUCAUGUUACAUUUAAUCAACACCUUCUAGCCAAUCGGAUCAGAGAAUUUCUGAGUAAGAGUUGAUCUCGGAUCAGUACAUUGCUUGAGAUUUUCCUCGUCUGGCUUCGUUGUUCAGACCUCCUCACUCUGUAGCUGAUAUUUGGUGGUACAAACAUUUUCUAAACAAGGGUACAGGAUGUUUGCUCCAGUGGUGCUUUUACUCAUCCAUGCUUAUAGCGAUAUUUAUGGUAUUUAUGUCACUGGUGGUACAGGUGUUAGAAAAUACAGGUACAGAGAAAUCAUCUUUGAAUCGUUUCUGCAUAAUUCAGUGUUUUGUUUUUUUUUAUUGAUGGUACGCAGUUUUUCAUAGUUCAGUUGUGCUUUUCUACCAGAUCCGGCACAUUUCCAGUAGCGAAUCCGUACAUCACGGGUGGACAAAUCAGAAAUGUAUUUACCAGGCCCAAUGAGGUUCCAGUGUGCUGAUCAGUUCCAUGCAGAUUAGUGCACUAGCGUAAGUGGUAGCUAAGCUAAUAUAGUACAGUAUGGUUAGCUAGGUUGCUAGUAGAUUAAUACAGACAUAUGACUUUGAGUAUUCUCCAAAGUCACAAAAAAUACUCAGUUUUUCAAAUCAUAUAAUAAUUGACUUUUUAAUGAAUUGUGUUAAGUUUAUAAAAAAAUAAUUUACACAUUUAAUGAAUAAUUUAUGAAACUGACUUUCAAAAAACUAGUUCCAGAAAUUAAGACAAAUGGACAAAAAGAAUGGCAUUAAUCAGUUAGUGUGUGUGUGUGUGUGUGUGUGUGUGUGUGUGUGUGUGUGAUGGGAGUAGGAGUAGUAGCUGCUUUACUGGAAGUUUUACUGUUUACUUGUCAAUUUUACCUUUUACGGAGCUUUACCUGUAAACCGGCUUGGCCGAGAACACACUUUUUGCCAUUUUCUCAAGUUUGAUCAAAAUGUAUAAAAAAAAAUUAGAGAAUUUUCGAAAUCCCUCGAAUUCUUAGUUUUUAGCUAAUGAAAAUAUUAACAUUUUUAAUAAAGAUAAAAAAAUAGAUAAAUAAUAGAUAAGAAUAGGUAAAUAAUAGAUAAAAAUAGAUAAAUAAUAGAUAAAAAUAGAUAAAUGAGCCACACAUCUGAUUCUGUCCUCAUUACACAUAAUUGAUGUUAUUUAACGGACUGAUUUCUUUUUGCUGUCAGAAUGUAGCAGUAGUCCACACGUGCUAAUGAUAAACAUUUGAAAACCUUUUAUAGUUAUCGGCCAGAUCUCAGUAACAGUGUGUAGCGUAUGUAUCCAAUGAAAAGUUGUUUUCUUUCUUUUCCUGUUUGUCGAACCUGUUUGUCAGCUUGGUAACUAAAAACAUCUUCGCCAUGAAACCUUCCCAUCCUGGUCUGAUUCGAUUCUGAUUUGUCCACCCUCGACAUGCUGCCAACACACACCACGGUGUGACCCACUUCAUGUCUCUCCUUUCCACGGGUGGUUUUAUUUCAUCAGAAGCAUGUGGUUAUUUUUGGCUCUUGUUCUUCCAGACUACUCCGAGGAUCCACUGUCGUAGCUACUCUGUCUGAUGCAGUAGAUGCUCUUCAGGUCUUUUACUUGUCAGGACCCUCGGCAACCACAACUACCUACAGUACACACGAUCGCUGCUAUACGACAUGAGGGCACGAAGGCAUACCAAGCCAUGUGCAAUUUUCCUUUGUUCAAGCGCACAAAAAAAACAGGUGGAUAAAAGUCAUUAGUAUUGUCACAGCCAAUCAGAUCAUUCGUACCUUUUUCAACAGAUUGGGUGAAUUGUCCGAGGUUUACACGUACAUUAUCCAGGGUGUAGUGGGUCCGGUCGCCUGCAGAUACCUGUAAUUAUAACACUAUCCUUUAACUCAUUUAGAUCUCUCUCACACACACACAGGCCUAUCCGAUCUCGCACAUGGUACAAAUGUAACUGGUACGAAACUUAUUUUAAGAUUAUUUAAAGGCAACACAGAAGAUUCAGGUUAUCUUCGUAGAUAGCUUCAUGGUUAUGAAAUCUGAAAUCGAACAAUUCCAAGGGUCAGGAACUCGUCUCCUACGUCCACUGCAGUAACACCACACCUUAAACAGGGACUAAAGUUCCUCACAUGAUGGCUGUGUAGGAAAUAAAAUGCUAAAUGUGACCUAAUGGUCAUCACUAGCAUGAGUGUUUGUUGACAGAUUUAAUUUUGUAAAAUUGUCGUCAUUUUUUUUUUGCAGAGUACAUUUCUUAAUCAUGUCCAUUUAGAAAAUUGCGAGCGAACAGAACGAACAGUACUCUCGGUACGUUGUGAUUAAUACGCAGUCUGGUUAGCGGUUUGAACCCGAGUGAUAAGGACUGGCCCUUGCAGUAGAACCAGUCUGCGAUUUAUUCUGUGCCGCUCUUCAACCCGGGAAGCCAGAACAUGUUUGCAAUUUUUUUUUAAUCUUAUUUAUUAUUAUUUUUUUUUUUUUUUUUAAAUUUCAUUUUAUUUUUGCAUUAACAAUCUUUUCCUGUGACAUGCUCUCCAUGUCUACAAGAAUUAAGACAUUUUUUAUUAUUAUUAUUAUUAUUAUUAUUAUUAUUAUUAUUAUAAAGGUCUCAAAGUGUCAUACUUGCUGCUGAUGGGUGAAAAACAUCAAGAACAAUCUGUAAAUUAUUGAAUAUAAAUGUGCCAUUUGUAAUUUGUGUAUUUUGUGUAAUUAACAUUUCAUGUGUUUUUUUGUUUUUUUCCCUUCUUUGCCUCGUGCCUUGAUAUGCAGUCCAUGUGGAAUUUGGAAAUGUUCUCUGAUCUUAAGUCAAGUAUAAUCUGUUCGUUUUGGGAAAAGUUUUCAACUCAUGGACAAAAACAAAAAAAAACAAACAAGGUAUUUACCUAACAAGUGCAGAUGAUGUAACCUACUCUGGGAACUUUCUCGUCCCUACACAUGUCCCGUCUACACUCUAACCUGUCUUCCACUGUAUAUACUGUAUUGUAAAAAAAAAAAAUAAAACAUUAGUAACACACA